CCUCGUUCAGUCCUUGCUUGGCAUCCUGACAUGGUGUAAGACGGAGAGAGCUCGGGAAGAGGGGAGAAUCAGAAGAGGGGAGAGAGAGAGAGAGAGGAGAGAGAGAGAGAGAGAGGAUGAUUUUGUAAAGCUGAACAGAGGGCGAGGCCUGAACCGAAGGCAGAACUUCUUGGAAAAUCCUGGUGUGCUUUCGACUUGAGUAUUUGCAGUGGCUACCUUGCAGUAUCGUGAAAAUGAUAAGUGAUGCAAGUGAGAUGCUGGCUGCGGCUUUGGAACAGAUGGAUGGCAUUAUUGCAGGUUCCAAGGCUCUGGAAUAUUCAAAUGGCAUAUUUGACUGCCAGUCCCCAACUUCUCCAUUCAUGGGGAGCCUGCGAGCGCUGCAUCUUGUGGAGGAUUUGCGUGGCUUAUUGGAGAUGAUGGAAGCGGAUGAAAAAGAAGGAUUGCGGUGUCAAGUUCCAGAUUCAACAGCAGAGAUUUUGAUUGAAUGGUUGCAGAACCAAAUGACCAAUGGGCAUAUAUCUGCAAAUGGAGAUGUGUAUCAGGAGCGGCUUGCACGUUUGGAAAACGACAAGGAGUCUCUUGUUCUGCAAGUGAGCGUUCUUACGGACCAGGUGGAUGCUCAGGGAGAAAAGAUCAGAGAUUUGGAGCUCUGCCUAGAAGAACACAGGGAGAAGCUGAAUGCCACAGAAGAAAUGCUGCAACAGGAACUCUUAAGCAGAACAUCCCUUGAAACACAAAAGCUGGACCUAAUGGCAGAAGUUUCCAACUUGAAGCUCAAGCUGACUGCUGUGGAAAAGGAUCGAUUAGAUUAUGAAGACAGAUUCAGAGACACAGAGGGUUUGAUGCAGGAAAUUAAUGAACUGCGGCUAAAAGUAGGAGAAAUGGACAAUGAGAGACUUCAAUAUGAGAAAAAGCUUAAAUCUACCAAAUCUUUAAUGGCCAAACUUUCUAGCAUGAAAAUCAAAGUGGGCCAGAUGCAGUAUGAAAAGCAGCGGAUGGAACAAAAAUGCCAAAUGUUAAAGGAAGAACUAGCAUCUCUAAAAGACAAAUUAGAACAGAAAGAAGCAGAGAUAAAACGGUUGCAAGAGAAACUGGUUCACCAGGUGAAAGGAGAAGAGAUUGACAUAAAUGACAGAGAUGAAAAUUGUAAAAAGAAGCUGAAAGACAAAAAUAUUGAGGUUCAGAAAAUGAAGAAAGCUGUGGAAUCUCUAAUGGCAGCAAAUGAAGAAAAGGAUCGAAAGAUUGAGGAGCUUCGGCAGUCCCUCAAUCGAUAUAAGAAAGUGCAGGACAUGGUGAUACUGGCUCAAGUCAAAAAAGGCAAGGAUGAUGAAUGCGAGGAGUCUGCAAACUCAGGAUCUGUUUCAGUUACUUUGUCAGAUGUACAGAAUCUAAAUGAAUCUGAGAUAAGUCCAUCCCCUACACCAGUAAAAGGCUCUCCAAACCAUGAAGAAUUUAGAACAAAAACUGCCGAAGAGAAUUCACUACAGAUCCAUACUAGCGUCUUGCAAGUUACCAUCCCUUCUUUUUCACCAUCCAGACAUUCAGCAGAAUGUACUGAUAAAAUAGAUGGCCAGUCGAAGAUGGAAAUUGCAAGUGAAUUCAGUGAAAAACAAACACCAGUAGCUUCUACAGAAACACAACUAGGAGAUACAAAAUUUAUGAAACGUCUUCAAGCAAGUUAUAUAGCCCCAGGGAUUUACAGAAUUUUAACUUCAGUUCUGCAAAAAUCUAGCAGCCUUGGAAACUUGAAGAAAGAAGUAUCUGAUGAUAAAGAGUCUGUACAGAAGCAAGAAGAGAGCAAAGCACCUAUGGAGAGUGGCAAAUAUGGAACCCUCCCUCCUAAAUCCCCAGGUGCAGAAGAUGCCUUUGGGACUCGUAAAGCCCGGUCUUCGUUUGGGCGAGGCUUUUUCAAGAUCAAAAGUAGCAAAAGGACGGCCAGUGCACCUAACUUGGAUCGCGGUCGAAGUGCAAGUGCACCCACCUUAGCUGAGACAGAAGAAGGAUCUGCAGACCACCUAGAUUUGGCUGGCUUGCCACCUCGACCGAAAGGUACAGAAGAUGGUCCUCUGACUCCACCUUCUCCUGACUCCAAAAAGAAAACAAGAGGAAUCAAGAAGUUGUUUGGAAGACUCAGAAGAAGCCAGUCCACCACAUUUAAUCCAGAUGACAUGACAGAGACUGAAUUCAAAAGAGGAGGAACAAGAGCAACUGCAGGACCACGAUUAGGCUGGUCGAGAGAUCUUGGGAAAACCAAUAAUGAUUUGGACAUGCCAUUUGCUAAAUGGACAAAGGAGCAAGUUUGCAACUGGCUUCAUGAGCAGGGCUUGGGUUCUUAUAUAGGUCAUGGCAAACACUGGAUACUUUCUGGUCAAACUCUCUUGCAAGCUUCGCAGACUGAUUUAGAGAAGGAACUUGGAAUAAAGCAUCCACUGCACCGGAAAAAACUUCAGCUCACACUUCAGGCGUUGGGGUCAGAAGAAGAGAACAACCAUGGGAAACUGGAUUACAACUGGGUUACAAGGUGGCUGGAUGAUAUUGGGCUACCCCAGUAUAAGACCCAAUUUGAUGAAGGAAAGGUGGAUGGUCGAAUGCUUCAUUACAUGACUAUUGAUGACUUGCUGUCUUUGAAAGUUGUGAGUGUCCUCCACCACCUUAGCAUCAAACGUGCCAUUCAAGUCCUCAGAAUAAAUAACUUUGAACCCAACUGUCUGCGCAGGAGACCUUCAGAUGAGAGUAACAUCACACCAUCGGAGGUUUCACAGUGGACCAAUCAUCGGGUGAUGGAGUGGUUGCGUUCGGUUGACCUUGCAGAGUAUGCUCCUAACUUGAGAGGAAGUGGCGUUCAUGGUGGGCUAAUGGUUUUGGAACCACGUUUCAAUGUAGAAACCAUGGCGCAGCUGCUUAACAUCCCACCCAACAAGACCCUGCUGAGGCGGCACUUGGCAACCCAUUUUAAUUUGCUGAUUGGUCAAGCGGCCCAGCAGCAAAAGCGCGAAGCCAUGGAAUCCCCGGAUUAUAUCCUGUUAACAGCUACAGCCAAAGUGAAGCCAAAGAAACUUGCUUUUAGUAAUUUUGGAAAUUUAAGGAAGAAAAAGCAAGACGAUGGGGAAGAAUACGUGUGUCCAAUGGAUUUGGGACGGACAUCAGGAAUUGGAUCAAAGAGAGGAUUUAAGCCUGGUUUAGAUAUCAGAGUGUAUGAUGACGAUGAUCUGGACAGACUGGAGCAGGUAAUAGUUGUUGCAAUGGAAGAUUCAGAAGGUACUGUGAGGCAAAUAGGGGCAUUUUCUGAAGGCAUCAACAAUUUGACUCACAUGUUAAAAGAAGAUGAAAUGUUCAAAGACUUUGCUACUCGUUCUCCUAGUGCCAGUAUAACUGAUGAGGAUUCAAAUGUGUGACAGUAUCGGCAUUGGACGCUUCUGUUUCUUGAUACUGCUCACUGCUGCUGUUAUAUAUGAUGGAGAUGGUGCCUCAUGUAACAGGAUUGCUUUUGCUUCUGUUUGUUAGAAGUGAUAAUUUCCAGGGGAGCAAUAAGACAAGUUGCCAAUUCUAAAGUUGCCAAAAAAUUGACAGGGUGGAGAAAACAACUCAGACACACACUAGUGGGGGAAAUCUGUAUAUUUUUCUCCUCUAUAUAUUUUUUCUCUUGUGUAGAAACUUGUGAGAUAUUUCAAAACAUCAUAUUUGGUAUGACUCCGCCGCCAUAAGGUUCCUACACAUAGUUGUGCCAUAACAUAUACCUGUAUUUCUCUUCUUUUUCUUCAAGUAAUAUAAAAAGAAAAAUAUUCAACUAUAAACCUCUGGAAUCAGCAUCCAUUGUAGGUAUUUCAGUAGAGAAAAACUAAUCCUGGGAAUUCUGGUUUCCUAUUUGAAUGAAUUGAUUGAAAGUAAAUAACCAGUGUAUCCAUUGGUGGUUAAGCCAAUAAUUAUAUAAUCUGCAAAUAUUGAAAUCUUGUUGCCUUAUUUUUAUACAGUUUUUAUUAAAAGAAAAAGUGUAUUGAGUACAUGCAAAUCAGACAUUUUAUAUUGUAAGUUGAUUACUUUUUUUAAAAAAAAUUCCAGUUUGAAAACCAGCUGGUUACUGGAGAAGUCAGACUGAUCUUAUAAAUGGGUUGUACCUCCACACCACACCCCCAAAUAAGUAAUGCCUGCAUUCUUACAUUAGGAAUGAAGUUAUUAAAAAUUGUGCAUCUUUUUUUCCCAUCAUUAAGAAAAAUCUCUGAGCUGUCCUUUUGCCCUGCAUUAAAAUUGGAUUUUAAUAACCUAUUAAAAUGUUGUCAUUCCAAAUGUGACAUUGAAAAUGUUGUAUCUUGGGAGUGAGGAACAGCCUGUGUGCAAACAGCCAUUUUUUCUCACACACGAUUCAAUGGAAUUGUUCUUUAAAUUUAUACAGAAAGGAUCAUUUGCCAAGCCACUUUAUUUUACAGUAUUAAAUUCAGAGAUAGAGUCUUGCCUUCUAAGUAAAUUUGAGCAUGUAACAUACUGACAGAUAUUUAUACUUGGGUUUUGUAAAGCACAAAUUGUAUUGACUUUUUUGAAACUUGUAAAAUGCAGAUUAGCCAGUGAAAUAAUGGGUUACUCAAGCUUUCAACAGAAUGUAUCUGACUCUGUGUGUUUGUAUUUGUGUGUGUGUAUAUGUGUGUCUCUUUCUACUCCACUAUCACCCUGAAAUAGUUACAACUAAUUUACUAACUGCAUAAAAUGAUGGUGUUGCAAACAUUUGGAAAUGUUGUUUGGCAUCUACAGUGUAAGCAAUUCCUUUCCCUUUCAGUAUUUCAAAAGUUUGAGAAUAGUAAUCCAGAGACUUUUGCAAGAGUGCUGAGAUGGACUUUUGGCACGUGCUCUGCUAUUACUAGUGGUGGUCGAAAACUCAGACCAAUCUGCACAUUCAGCUAAAUCCUGCUUCAAAGGAUUCUUAGGAGUGUGCCAUUUUUAAACUCCAAAUAAUCACGUAUUUGAAUGUUCCUCUACAUAAAAAUCAUUCUGUCCUGGAAAGGCUACAAGGACGCAUUUUUAGCAUGCCUGCUUCCUAACAUGCUAGCUUUCUGCUUGCAAGGAGUCUUUAAAAAAACAGCCACCAUGAGGGGCAUUCAAACACAUGAUUACAUUCUAAAAAGAACUCUCUGCCAUGUAAUUUAUUGUAUUGACUGACCCUCAGGGUGGUUUCAUACACUGAUGCGGGUCCUUAAAGUGUGUGCUGCUUCACACACAUUUAUUUACAGUUGUCAAAAUUGUGAUAAAUGGUAUUAUGUUUUCUAUCAGAUGUCAGUUUGUGUAUCCUUAGAAAGCUUAAUCUGAAGAGCUUUGCCAAUACAGUAUAUUCAGGUGUGGACAGUCUGUCAUUAAUAACGUACUCUGCGAACUUGUUCAUGACCACCUUGGUAUCUGAGCUAGUUUGAAUGAAUGCAGACAGCAUGUCUGGUAGAAGAAUUACUUUGUCAUGAACUGUGAAUAAAUGUAUUUAUGAAUUAAGAGGUUCAUUUUCUGCCCCUGUAAAGUAGCAGCCUCGUAAAAUCAUGUUGUAAUUUAGAAACAAUACUGCAUGUAGUAUGUAACGAGACAUGUCACCUGCCACCUUGAAGCCAGCUUUGCUGUUCCGUCAAGCACUGAUGGGAUAAAACUAUAAAUAGAGAACCUAAGAAGGGUGAGUGCAACUGCACGAAGAACAUUAAGGGAACUAAACAACCAUGGAAAUAUUUUCUUUAUAACUUGCACAUAUAAACAACUUCAACUUCUCCUCAUUUCCUAAUUCUGAUGUAAAUGGAAGUUGGCUGGACCUUGAUCAUCAUUUUGAUGGCUGGAAGAAUAUUUCUUAUUCUUUUAUUAUUUUUAUGGGAUUGAGGGACAGAAGAGUAAUAUAAAACACUCAUAAUUAAGCCAAGCAGCUAACAUAAAUGUGCACACAUGAAAUAUCAUCAUGGUAUUUUAUUUGGUUGUAUGUGUACAAAGAGGCCAGCAUAAACUUAAAUGUAUUGCCAUGCUAAAUAAAUAAAUACCUAUUGAGAGAAAUGAAAUGUUUCUGGACUUUUAUGUCUUCUUUGACACACACACGGUUUCCAAUAAAACCCUUUCCCUUUUAAUUAUAAAGAUCAGCCUUUCAACCUUUUUAUGCAGUGCAAAGCUUUCUAUGGUUCUCUUUGAGACCUCAUUUACCUUGUGGAAGAGCAAUGGUAAAUCAUGGAUGGAUAAUCAUGGCACUAUCAUAACCCAUUCAUCAGAGUAAUUGUGCACUGGUUAUUACUGGCUGGUGUUUGUAGCAGAUGUUUUAAUGACCUGCUCUAACGCUGAGGAAGGUGGCAGUGGUCUCGUUUGAAUGUCACAAAUCACAGUUUGUCUUAAACUAUGGUUUGAUCAUGAGCAUGCCUCUACCCUACUGCGCAGGUCCUCACAUGACUCAAGCAAGCCAUACUAUGGUUUGUGUCAUCUGAACUCAGGCCAUAUUUUGUUUCAAACUAACAAUUUGUUCUUUGUUUAUUUUUGACUUACUAGUUGUGGUUUGUUUGAAUCAAAUAAACCAUGGGCCAGGUUCCAUAGUAUGGUUUUUUAAACCACGUGGGCAGGAGAUAGGCAUCCACAAGGCAGGAGAUAGGCGCUUUCAUGAUUAAACCAGGUAUUAAGACAAACUAUGGCUUAUCAUGACGCGCAAAUGAGGCCAUGUAGUGAUGCUGUAUUGUAAGAUAAGUGUUUCUGCAAGUUACACUGCAGGGCUGGACAGUUAUGAGGAAGUGGCAGGAACAGGGAUUGACAUGUAUGCCAGUCCUAAGUCACCCAUCACAUAGCUAUGGUUUUGUAAAGUUUGAAAUAUUUGCAGACAUUGGUGGUGUUACUAAUGGGAUUAAGUAUAGUGAAGC